AUGAAGUCACUUUCUGGGCUAGGGCUCUCUCCUGACUCAAAUCGGAGUGAGGAGAUUUUGCCUCCAGAACUUAAUGUGGUCACAAUGUCAAUGUUGGAUGAUGUCAGCUUCAAGCCAACUUUGAAGCCUAGGCGGGAGAGAACUUCAGUGUACAAGGACCCUUCCAUAUUUGACAAAUACUCCAACGAGUAUUUCACACCUCAUACACAAACCAGGGCUCCCAUUACGCCACCGUCACAGCAAUGUAUGGAGUCAUUGGGAAGAGGGUCUUCUCGUUUGUCAAAAAAAUACAAUCGAAUAGGUUUAGGAGCUCCUAAGCGACUGUCGCAGAAACUAACCGAUGAGUUUUCACUGGAAAAUAUUAUGCAAAGGGGUACAAAGACUCAGCAAAGGAGGCAGCAAUUGGACCAAAAGUUGCAAGAUAAAGAUUUGGACCCGGAUAACUUACAGGAAAUUCAAAAGGAUCUUGAAUCCCAUCGCUCAAAGUACCUCAACGAACUGAAGAGGCAAAAUCAUAGUCCUCCAUUAACUACAACAAAAGCUCAAUUGCCAGAUGUAGCGCCAUACUUUGAUAGAAAUACACCGGCGCAGAAGACUCCAUCCAGAGAACCUUUACGUCCAAUUUCUAGCAAUGUACGAUGCCAAGAAUUAAACACAGCAACAACAACCAACAAAACCUCUGUGCAACCCCAAGCGCCACAAGAUAACAUACAACGAUCAAAGCCCAUUGUUCAAAUAAAUAAUAAACAUUAUGAAAAGCUUGAAUUGAUUGGUAGAGGAGGUUCGUCAAAGGUCUACAAAGUCAAGUCUUUUGCAAAUAAUAAGGCCUACGCUAUAAAGCGAGUCACAUUGGAUCAGUUCGACAGCAAUGCCAUCAAAGGAUUCAAAGGCGAAAUCCAGCUGUUACAAAAACUUAGUAACUCUGAUAGAGUUGUUAAGUUGAUCGAUUACAAUUUCUCUGACACAACGAUACACCUAGUAAUGGAACUGGGAGAAAUUGACCUAGCACAUGUGUUGACGUCGCAAAACAGUUUAGAUCUCAACGCGGUUCGGUUUUAUGCUUCAGAACUAUUUAAAUGUGUGCAGGCAGUGCAUCAAUCGGGUAUUGUACAUAGUGACCUCAAGCCUGCAAACUUUUUGUUUGUUCGUGGUGUGAUGAAGAUUAUCGAUUUUGGAAUAGCAAAUGCCUUGGAUGAUGUGACAUGCAAUAUUUAUAGAGAUUCUCAGAUUGGAACGCCCAACUAUAUGGCUCCAGAGGCUCUUAUAGAAUGCAGUUCCAAAGGUGUUGCAUCCCUGGGUCCCGAGUCUAGUACUUGGAAAAUUGGAAAGGGAUCUGACAUAUGGUCUUGCGGCUGUAUCUUGUAUCAAAUGGUUUACGGAAGACCUCCUUAUGCGCACUUUAAUGGGAAUCAGCGAUUAAUGGCAAUCAUGAAUCCUCAAGUACAAAUUGAAUAUUCAGAAAAAGGGCUAGAUGAUGUCAGAGUACCAUCCGCUUUGAAAUCAUUAAUGCAAGGAUGCUUAGAAAGAGAUCUUACUAAAAGAAUUACCUGUGAAGAAGCCCUUAACAGCAACUUUUUGAACCCCAAGACAGUUUCCAGAGAGUUCAUUUGUGACUUAGUAGACCAUGCCUUGAAGUAUGGCGCAAGAAACCAGAAUGUCACACCAGACGUGAUGAGCUCUUUGUGCGAAGAGGUGUGGAGCAAAGUCUGUCAGAGCAAUAACUGA